AUGCCCUGGGUUAUGCUCCACCUCUCCACCUCCUCCCACCCGCACUUCCGCGCCCUUCGCUUCAAUCACACCCCCGUUGAGGCGCUUUCAGCUGCUGCAGGGGAGAAAGGACAAGGAAGCGGAGGAGAAGGAGGAGGGAAAGUAGGAGGGAUUGUGGGGGGGAGUGGGUGGGGAGUGAGAAAGGGGGAGGUGUGGAGGCCGAGGAGGGGAGAGGGGGUGUGUGAGCUGGGGAGAGGGGAUUGGCAGAUGGAGAGGGAGGGAUAUCCGUUGUACGCAGCAGAAGACUGUCCCUUCAUUAGUGGCACAUUCAACUGCCUGGAUAAUGGCCGAACAGGCUUUGACUAUCUCCACUUUGCCUGGCGAGAGAGCGAGUGCGCCCACCCGUUCACCCUCACGCACGCCCCCCUCUCCCACCCCCAUCUCCAACCGCAGGAGAAUGGCCGUACCGACUUUGACUAUCUGCAUUUCGCCUGGAGAGAGAGCGACUGCGCCCACCCGUUCACUCGCUUCCGAGCGGAUCGCUUCUUCGAGGCCUUCCAGAACCGUCGGAUCGUGUUCGUGGGCGACUCUACACUGUUGUCGCUUUUCAGCUCGCUCUUUGACCUCUGCCCAUCACCACCACUCAUCUCUAACCACCAUAACAUCUACCCCUGCCCAUCUCCACUCCCCUCUCUUAUUUUCUCUCUCCCUCAAUCCCUUGCUUGCAGAUGUUCGGAUGGGUUGAAUGCGGUGGAGCUGGGUUCGGACAGGUCAGGUGCGGCAAAGCCAAGUUCGGAGGGGUUGGGAGCGGUGAGAGUGGUGCGGCUGGAUGCGUGGGCGGCAUAUGUGGUGGCAGCACAGCCGCAUGUGCUGGUGAUUCACACGGGAGGCGCGUGGGUGGGGCUGCAGCAGCGAUGGCAGGAGCAUAGGGCGCGAAUACAUGCUUCUCAGGAGGGGCAGAAGGGGCAGGAGGGGCAGGAGGAGGGGCAGAAGGGGCAGAAGGGGGGAAGGCUGGAGGGGGAAAGGGGGAGCCUGGUGGGGGAAAAGGGGAGGUUGGUGGGGGAAAAGGGGAAGGCUGGUGGGGGAAAAGGGGAGGCUGGUGGGGGAACUGGGGGGAAUGGCGGGGGGAAUAAGGGGACGGGUGAAAAGGCGAAGGGAAAGGGUGGGGGGAAGAAGGGGAAUGGUGGGGAGAAGAGGGGGAAUGGUGGGGAGAAGAAGGGGAGUGGCGGGGAGAAGAAGGGGAGUGGAGGGGAGAAUAGGGGGAAUGGUGGGGAGAAUAGGGGGAAUGGUGGGGAGAAUAAGGGGAAUGGUGGGGGGAAUAGGGGGAAUGGCGGGGAGAAUAGGGGGAAUGGUGGAGAGAAUAAGGGGAAUGGCGGGGAGAAUAGGGGGAAUGGUGGAGAGAAUAAGGGGAAUGGUGGGGAGAAGAAGGGGAAUGGUGGAGGGAAGAAGGGGAAUGGUGGAGGGAAGAAGGGGAAUGGUGGAGGGAAGAAGGGGAAUGGUGGAGGGAAGAAGGGAAACAGUGGGGGAAAUGGAGUGGAUGGUCGGAAAAACAAAGGUAGUGGUGGUGGUAAUCAGGGCAACGGUGGGGGGAGCAAGGAGGCCGGUCAGGGAAAUGACGGGGGGAAUGGGGGCAAGGGUGGGGGGAGCAAGGAAGUCGGCAACAUGUCGAUACUUGAUGGAAUGGACGGUGCGGAUGAAGCGGGGCCCCUUGGUAGCACGGACGGAUCAGAUGCAGCGGAGGGGGGUUCAGGUGAGGCAGUGGGUGGAUCGAAAUUGGAGGAAGGUGAUGUGAGAUUAGAGGAGGGGGAGCAGCAGACAGGCGGAAGCUUUAUGGCGGAUGAAGCUGACAUAGUCCUAGAGGAAAUGUCCGAAGCGAGCUCUUCAGUCGGUCGGGGCAGCUUCCUUGAUGAGGAUAGGGCGGUGGAAAGUGAUGAAGUGCCGGAGCAGCAGCAGCAGCAGGGCGGGAGUGUGAUGGCGGACGAAGCUGAGCAAGUCCAAGAGGAGAUGUCUCAAGGUAGACUCUCAGAAGGAGAAGUGAUGCCUUCAGUCAAGCACGUUACGUUUCAUGAGGAGGGUGAAGCGGCGAAAAAGGAUGCAGUGCAGGAGAAGGAUAACGAAUCUCAUGUUGUUACAGGUGCAGAGAAUGACGAGGAAGUUCGUGGGGAGGAUGUGCGUAACGAGGCUGCUAAUAAGGAGGAUGAGUCACCUGGAGGGCCUAGUGUGCUCCCACCUAACCUGCUUGACUCGGUUGACUUUCUUGACCCGGUAGCAGCUUUCACCAAGACCCUUCCACCUGGAGAGCCUAGUGUGAUUCCACCUGAUCUGCUUGCCUCGGUUGACUUUCUUGACCCGGUAUCAGCAUUCACCAAGACCCUCCGCAUGCUCCACCAUUUCCUCUCCUCCCAACCCACCGCCGAAUCCCUCCCAACUUUCUUUCUCGGGCUGCCCCGAGAACAUUAUUUCCGGGCAGACCAGGGCAACCAUACCUCGCUCUGCCUGCCAGACGACGCCACAUCUUCCACCUCCCCUUCCCUCUCCCCUCCCCUUCCCUCUCCCCUCCCCUUCCCUCUCCCCUCCCCUUCCCCCUCCCCUUCCCCUUCCCCCAGACCAAAGCGCCGCCGCUAUGCCACCACAAGCUGGCAGGACGCCGUGGGGGGAGGUAGCAGCGGGGGGGGAGGCGCUGGAGCGGGGGGGGAAGGCGCAGGCGCAGCAGCAGGGGGCGGGGGGGGAUCGGGGGGAGGCGGGGGAGCGGGGGGAACAGGGGGGGGCGCGCGGAAGGGCGUGUAUCACUGCAACUACUGCCACAGGGAUGUGACGGGGGAGGUGCGAGUGAAGUGUGCGGCGUGUGUGGACUUUGACCUCUGCGCUGAAUGCUUCUCCGUGGGCGCCGCUGCUCACCCGCACUCCGCCUCGCACCCCUAUCACGUUAUGGACACCAUGAGCUUCCCUCUCGUGCAUGAGGACUGGACUGCUGACGAGGAGAUGCUGCUGCUCGAGCCAACCCCUCUACCUCUCUUCCCUGUCUCCCUAUUUCUUCCCCCCCCCUUACCUCCUCUCUCCCCCCUUUCACACCAACCCACAGGCGCUGGAGAUGCGCUGGAGAUGUGCGGAAUGGGCAACUGGGGGGAGAUUGCGGAGCACGCGCUGGAGAUGUACGGAAUGGGCAACUGGGGGGAAAUUGCGGAGCACGUGGGGUCCAAGAGCAAGACACAGUGCCACGACCACUACCUCUAUGACUACCUGCUGUCACCAACCGGUCCCUUGCCUGAUCUAUCUCGCCUGCGCACCCAAGCAGACACAGAAGCAGCCAAGGCGGCAAUGGAGGAGGAGGAGGCAGCAGAGAUUACUGACCUAUCUCGCCUGCGCACGCAAGCAGACACAAAAGCAGCCAAGGCGGCAAUGGAGGAGCAGGAGGCGGCAGAGACUGCAGCGAGGGCGCAGGAGGCAGUUCUGUUCAGCGUUCCUGUGGUCAAACCCGAACCAGGCACCAAGGCAGACGACGCUGCGGCACCAAUCACAAGCGGGUACAACACGAAGCGCAACGAGUUUGAUCCGGAAUACGACAACGAGGCCGAGGCACCGCUGGCAGAGCUGGAAUUCAAGGAUUCCGAUUCAAGUGUGGAUAGACAACUGAAGAUCAAGAUGCUGCACAUCUACUACUCCAGGCUGGAAGAGCGGUCAAGACGCAAGGCCUUCAUCUUGGAGCGUGGCCUGCUGGACCCGAGAAGAGUGGACGGAACGAUCCGACCCAAAACCACCACCGGCAGCAGGGAGAGAGUUAGGGACCGGGACAGGACAGAUGAACAACACAAGAGAGAGGAUGGUGCGGAACAGGGAGGGGAGAGGGAAAGGGGAACUCUGGGGGAGGUGGGGGCAGAAGCGGGAGAGGGUGGGGUGGAGAAGGGGGAAGGGGGAGGGAAGCGCGGAGGGAAGCGAGGAGGCGGUGGGGAGAGGAGAAGGUCGAAGGAGGAGAGAGAGAUGUUUCUGCGGUGCCGCGUGUUCGCGCGAUUUCUCAGUGCAGAGGAGCAUGAGGGGCUGGUGCAGAGCCUUACCCAGGCGCAGAGACUCAGAGACAGAGUGGCCGUGCUGCAGGUAAGGCUUCUAGUUUGUCUGAAAUAG